AUGGCAACCAAAGGCAUGGGUAAGAGAAAUGCAUCACAUGCAGCUUGUAUUGAAAUCGAGCGAGAAGCACUUUUGAAAUUCAAAGAAGUGCUUGUUGACCCAUCAAACCGUCUCUCAUCAUGGCUCGUUGGGACAGAUUGUUGUAAAUGGGCUGCAAUUCGUUGCGACAGCUUAACUGGACAUGUCAAACAACUCAACCUUGGAAAUAGGUUUGUUAAUUGGAAUACUUUGAAGGAGAUGAAUUCUUUUCUCAAUGAUAAGUUGAAGGGAAGUUUAAGUGACUCGAUCUUAAAUUUGAGCCAUAUAAGUCGUAUCGAUCUCAGUUAUAAUGAUUUCGGAGGGAUUCCGAUCCCAAGCUUCUUUGGUUCACUAACAAGUUUGAAUUAUCUUAACCUCACAAGUUCAGGGUUUCAAGGAUUGGUACCUUAUCAGCUUGGAAAUUUAUCUAACUUGCAAUAUUUGAGUUUGCGAGGUAAUUUUCGAUUUCUCGAUGACGCUAAAUUAUUGUAUAGUGAAAACCUUCAAUGGCUUCAAGGUCUUCGUUCAUUGUUGAGUUUGGAUUUGAGCCAAGUAAACCUUAGUAAAGUGUCUAAUUGGUUGUUAGAGAUCAAUAAGCUUCCUUAUCUAGUAGAACUUCACAUGUCUGGCUGUGAGCUCAAUCAUAUUACACCUUUGAGCCAGGUGAAUUUCACUUCACUCUCAAUUUUUGAUAUUUCAUAUAACAACUUCGGUUUGUUCUCUAUUCCAAAAUGGAUGUCAACUGUUGGUAGCCUUGUUUCAAUUGAUCUAUCUGGAUGUGAUUUUCUUGGUUCUUUUCCUAAAGGCUUUUCAAAUUUAACAUCCCUUGAGAGUCUCAUCUUACAAUAUAAUAACUUAAAUUCCACACUACCAGAAUGGUUGUUUAGUCUUCCAAAAAUUUCUUAUUUAGACCUAAGGUCAAAUAAUUUUGAAGGCCCAAUUCCAAAUAAUUUUCAAACCUUAUCGACUGUUACAUAUCUUGAUCUUUCAUUCAACAAUUUCACUUCAACCUCCAUUCCCACUUCUUUCUAUUCUUUCCAUAAUCUUCAAUAUUUGUACCUUAUCUCUCUUGACUUACAAGGGGAGAUCUCACCCCACAUUGCCAACCUCACUAACUUAGUGCUUAUUGACCUUUCAAACAAUAAACUUGAAGGGAGUACACCAAAAUCAAUGGGAUCUCUUUGCAACUUGAACACCAUUUAUUUGUACCAAAAUAAUUUUAAUCGAAAAUUAUCUGAAUUUUUUGACAGCUUUUCUGGGUGUCUCGCAAAUAGUUUGAUGAACUUAGAUUUAAGUAGGAAUAAUAUUUCAGGUCAUUUGACAAAUAAUCUUCCAAAGUUAAGAAGUUUGAGAUACCUCGAUCUUUCAAAUAACUUCAUUUCUGGUCCAAUUCCAGAGUCGAUACAAAAUUUAGGUUCAAUGAGUUUUUUGGAUCUUGCUGAAAAUAAAUUAAAUGGAAGUCUUCCAAAAAGCUUAGGAUCUAUGUCGAGAUUACAAACACUAAGCAUUUCAAAUAAUUGCAUGGAAGGCAUGGUAUCUGAAGUUAGCUUUGCCAAUCUCGUGAACUUGAUAGACUUAGAUCUAUCAGGGAAUAAUUUAACUUUGAAUUUCUCUAAUGGAUGGUCUCCUCCUUUUAAGCUUUAUCGAUUACAUUUACGUUCUUGCAACUUAGGUCCCCAAUUUCCCAUAUGGAUCAAACCACAAAAUAUGGUUUUUUCUAUUGAUUUGUCUAAUACCGGAAUUUCGGGCAUGGUUCCACAUAUGUUUUGGAGCUUUCCUAAUCCAAAUUUUUCUUCUUCGUACUUAAAUCUCUCUCACAACCAAUUGUCAGGUCGAGUCCCUAGUUUUGUUCUUACCUUCAGCAACAUAUACCUCGCUUCCAAUAAAUUUCAUGGCAGCUUGCCUCGCAUAUCCUCCAACGUUUUGGAGUUUGAUCUUUCCAAUAACUCGUUCUCAGGAAACCUUGAUCACUUCCUUUGUCAUUCAAGAGAAACCAAUCAAUUAAACCUUCUUUUUCUUGGACACAAUCGUUUAUCUGGAAGAAUUCCUGAUUGUUGGUCAAAAUGGACAUCCUUAAUGUUAGUGAAGUUGAAUAACAAUGAUUUGUCUGGCAAUUUACCAAACUCUAUGGGUAGUCUAACCCAACUAAUGUCAUUGAACCUACGCAACAACAAUCUUAUUGGAGAAAUUUCAUCUCACUCACCUCUACAAAAGUGCUUUCAAUUGAUGUCAUUAGAUCUUGGUUUCAAUGCAUUUCGUGGAAGCAUACCACCUUGGAUUGGUACAAAUUUGUCAAACCUCGUGCUUCUUGGCCUUCGAUCCAAUCAAUUUAGUGGUCUAAUCCCACACCAACUUUGCAAUCUCUCAUCGCUUCAAAUCUUGGACAUUGGGAAUAACAAUUUAACUGGCCAGAUACCACAUUGCUUUGGUAAUUUUCCAGUUAUGGCUACAGAAUGGCGUUUUUCAAGUCAAAUUUUUUACUACGUUAGUGGUUCUAGUUUUGAAGUUUUUGAGCAAGCAUUUGUCACCACCAAAGGAAAAGAAUUCGAGUACCAAAAAAUACUUGGCCUUAUGACUAGCAUGGACCUUUCAUACAAUAAUUUAUCCGGAGAAAUCCCUGAAGAAAUUACAGCUCUCUUUGGCUUGAUAUCUUUAAAUCUCUCCGGGAAUAAUUUAAGAGGAAAUAUUCCACAACACAUUGGAACGAUGAAAAGCAUAGAGUCUCUUGACUUGUCAAGGAACCAACUUUGGGGGCAAAUACCCCAAAGCAUGUCCAACUUGACAUUCUUGAGUUACUUGAAUUUGUCUUACAACAACUUGUCAGGUCAAAUUCCAAGCAGCACACAACUCCAACGCUUAGAUCCAUCCAGCUUUCUUGGAAACCAUUUAUGCGGGCCUCCACUAAUCAACAGUUGCCAAAUGGAAGGGAACACUCCAAAUGUAGAAACGGGAGAACCAAAAGACGAAGGUGAUGAAAAUCAUAUAAUUGAUGAGUGGUUUUAUUUAAGCAUAGCACUUGGUUUCAUUUUUGGGUUUUGGGGGAUUUGGGUUCCUCUUUUGAUUAGUAAAACUUGGAGGCAUGCCUAUUUUAGGCACCUUACUUUCAUAUGCCACAGGUUGAACUAA